CCGAUGACGGGCGUAAACCGGAAACGUCGCUGAUGGCGCCUGACCUGCUGUGCCCCUCCAGCUCCACACCGUGUUAGGCACUGACUGCGGCAUCGGCUUGGUGCUUUGUACCUCCGACGGGAGCGAAAGUCGCCUGGAAGCAGUGAAGCAUGUGCCAAGUGGUUGGAUGCUCAUUAUGACCCCGUGGCUAACCUCUAUACAUUCUCCUCUUGUGUGGCUCUGGCAGACUUGCAUGGAGACGGAGAGACUAAGCUGAUUGUCGGGGACCUGGGAACAGGUCAGUCCAACAUGAAGUUGAAGGUGUACAAGGGCACCACCAUGCUGUCGGAGAACACUCUGAUCGAUCUGCCAACGGGAGUGGUCGCUUUCCUGAUGGACACCAAUGAGCCCAGGACCCCAGCCGUGGCUGUAGCCUCAGGCCCUUACAUCUACAUUUACAAGAACCUCCGCCCGUACUUCAAAUUCACCCUGCCACCUCUGGAGGUGAACCCACUUGAGCAGGAUAUAUGGCACCAGGCGAAGGAGGACAAGAUCGACCACCUGACCCUGAAGGAAAUGCUGGAGAGUUUUCGGGACAAGGGGGGCAUGCGACUAUCUGCAAGAUCUCUCAGGUACCUGAUGUUGGAGCCCCAUGAGAUGGAGGCCUUUGUCAAUGUCCACAAGAUGCAGGCCAUCAAAUGCCAGACGGUGAUCACCUGCAUGGCUACCCUCAACAAGAACAUGGCAGACGAUGAUGCGGUAGGCUGCCUGGUGAUUGGCACCGAAAACAUGGAGGUGUGCAUCCUGGAUCCUGAGGCCUUUACCAUCCAGGCCAAGCUGAAUAUCCCCAGUGUCGCUGUGUUUAUGGAUGUCACCGGACAGUUUGAUGUGGAGUUCAGGAUCAUUGUCGCUUGUCGGAAUGGAAAUAUCUACAUCAUCCGCAGAGAUUCAAAACGGCCCAAGCAGUGUGUCGAGUUGAAUUCACAGCCUGUUGGCCUGGUGCGACUGAACAAAAACAUUGUGGUGGGCUGUGGGAAGGAGACGCUGCAUGCAUACACUCAGAAGGGGAAGAAGUUGUGGACAGUCCAGCUUCCAGCUCCGAUUACGACCAUGAGUCUGAUGGAUCACAAAGCCAAGGGCUUCCAGGCAGUGUUGGUGGCUCUGGCGAACUCCGAGGUUCACCUCUACAAGGAUAAAAUCCUCAUCAACGUCACUAAGACACAGGAUAUUGUCACCAGCUUGUGCUUCGGCAGGUAUGGACGCGAGGAUGGCACCCUCAUCAUGACUACAAAAGGGGGUGGGCUCAUCAUUAAGAUCCUGAAGAGAACUGCCGUGUUCGAGGACAAAGACACCAGCCCCGGGCCUCCCCUGGCGCAGAGCAUUAAACUGAGCAUCCCAAAGAAAACCAAGCUGUAUGUGGAUCAGACGCUGAGGGAACGAGAGAACGCUGUGGCUAUGCACCGGGCCUUUCAGAUGGAUUUGUACCGUCUACGUCUCAGGGCAACACGGGAGUAUGCGAAGGCUCUCGAAGCUAGCAUGGCGCCAGUCUCUGCUGACCUCCAGGAGCCUCUGAAGAUGAAUGCGGUGGUGCAGGGGAUUGGGCCGGCAUUUAAGCUGACCCUGAACAUACAGAACACAUCGGCCACCAGACCAGCAAUCAACCUGUGUGUCAGUUUCCUGUACGAUGAGCACCUCUACUCUGUCAAGAGAGCUUUCUUCAAGGUUCCGAUGCUGGUGCCUGGCCUGACGUAUCCCCUGGUGACCUUUGUAGAGAGUGUGAGCGAUAGGGGAGCCUCAGACACAAUUAAGGUGUUUGUCCUUGCCAUGGGCCGGCGUGCUCCCAUCCUGACUGCCCACAUCCACAUGCCUGUCAGUGAGGGACCACUGCUGGCAUGAUGGUCGUCCCAUGUGGAGCGGGCUCACAGCCUCUGGACUGACUGGAUUAGCUCUCGUAGACCCAUAGUUAGUCCCUGCUGACCGGCUGGAGAUUUCAGCCUUCAUCACAUGCUGUCCCAGGAAGGAAGAAAGAUCCCGCCACCCUCAGAGGGAGGGGGCAUUGUCGGAGGUUCGGCGCUGAGGGAGCGGGCUGUUGGAGGGUCGGCGCUGAGGGAGCGGGCACUGUCGGAGGGUCGGCGCUGAGGGAGCGGGCGCUGUCGGAGGGUCGGCGCUGAGGGAGCGGGCGCUGUCGGAGGGUCGGCGCUGAGGGAGCCGGCACUGUCGGAGGGUCAGGACUGAGGGAGGGGGCACUGUCGGAGGGUCAGGACUGCGGGAGCGCCGCACUGUCAGAGGGACAGGACCGAGGGAACGGGCACUGUCGGAGGGUCAGGACUGAGGGAGCGGGCACUGUCGGAGGGUCAGUGCUGAGGGAGCAGGCACUGUCGGAGGGUCAGGACUGAGGGAAUGGGCACUGUCGGAGGGUCAGGACUGAGGGAGCGGGCACUGUUGGAGGGUCAGUGCUGAGGGAGCAGGCACUGUCGGAGGGUCAGGACUGAGGGAGUGGGCACUGUUGGAGGAUCAGGACUGAGGGAGAGGGCACUGUCGGAGGGUUAGGACUGAGGGAGUGGGCACUGUCGGAGGGUUAGGACUGAGGGAGUGGGCACUGUGAGCUACCCAUGAGCUUGGUGUAGAUGAAGUAGAGGAUGCUUGCUGAAGUGUGUGAAGGAAUACCGAAUGUAUUUGAGAAUAAAGAUGAUUUUUGGAAUAA